AUGGAGUGUCUGUCCCAACGCUGGCACAAAGACGUUUUCUUUUGGUCAGGUCUAAGGUCUUUUCUUUUUGUCACAUGCCUGCUGCUUGUCCUGAUGGUGAGUCUGUAUCCUGGCCUGUGGUCCAUUGGGGUGCGACUUCAUUCAAUCUUCACAGGAAACUAUCUACCGGGCCACCACUCUGUCCUCUUUAUUAACAGCCCGACAGAGCAGACAGCCAAGGAUAUUGCCAGAUCCAUCCUGGAGAAACGGCUUGCUGCCAGUAUUAACAUUCUCACAAGGACAUCUACAAUGUACUUAUGGAAGGGGGAACUUCAUGAAGCCAGUGAAAUUAUGAUGCUUGUCAAAACGAGAACAUCCCGGAUUCAACAAAUCGUAGAAUAUGUGAGGUCUGUCCAUCCAUACGCAGCCCCAGAAGUCCUCAGUUUUCCUGUGGAGGACGGCAGCCCAGAAUACCUGCAGUGGAUGGACGAAGUGAUUCCUGAGAAUGUCCCUCCUCUCAGCUCCUCCUUUCCUUCCUUCUCAGCCUCCCAGAAGCUCUCCUCUGGCUCCACCCACCUCCGCCUCAGCCUCAUCAAUCUCCAUCUGCAGUACAGUACAUGUGCAGGCUGCCAGGCACUGCUGCUGCUGCUUGAACACUCAACUCUGAAAAGGGAGAAAUGA